AUGAGCUUUCUUCCUUCCCUAAAGCGCCCACGCCCUCGGUACUCAGUGCGACCCUUCUACGCUACAAUAUGUGUGUUCUCAGUCAUCGCAACCAUUAGCUGGGCUUUCCAAGGCAAUGGAUUCGGAGAGAUUCGUCAGAGUACCACAGCAGGUGUGCUCCUGACAAGGAGUGAAACCGAACCAGAGUGUCGCCUAGUCAGCAAUGUCAAGGAUCAAUGCGCUUACAUCCGAGAUCACUGUCCUGAUCACCAGGAUGGCUUGCUAUCAUAUCUGCAGCUCUAUUAUUGCACGUUGGCCGAAUCGAAGCCCGUAGCCUUCAUAAUUUUAAUCCUCUGGCUAUCGUUACUAUUCAGUACGAUUGGAAUCGCAGCCAGUGACUUCUUGUGUAUCGAUCUUAGCACACUGGCGAGCAUCUUGGGCUUGAGCGAAAGUCUCACAGGCGUUACAUUCCUCGCGUUUGGCAACGGCAGUCCAGAUGUUUUCUCCACAUUCGCCGCUAUGCGGUCCAACAGCGGAAGCUUGGCAAUUGGAGAAUUGAUCGGAGCAGCCACUUUCAUUACUUCAGUUGUCGCUGGCUCUAUGGCCCUGGUUCGACCUUUCAAAGUGGCGCGACGGAGCUUUGUUCGCGAUGUAGGGUUCUUUGUGGUCGCAGUCGCCUUCAGCAUGUAUUUGUUGGCCGACGGCCGGCUCUAUAUGUGGGAGUCAGCUGCAAUGGUCGGUCUCUAUGCGUUCUACGUAGUGAUUGUUGUGGGCUGGCAUUGGUAUCUCGUCCGUCGGCGGCGUAGAUACGAAAGAGACCUUGCAGCACGAACUCACUUCCAUAUUCCGAACAAUCAAGAGCUGGAUGUCGAACAGCCCAUGGACGAUGAUGACCCGGGUGUUGCAUCAGAUUCGCGUAACCUUUUGCGCGCAUCGACUGACAAUCUUGAUCUUCUAGAGCGCGCAGAGGGAUUUCCUGCUUGGAAAGAAGAUGACGAGGAAGAUGAUGAGACUCGCAAUCGGUACUUGACGGAAAUUCAGGAAAACAUGCACAUUUAUCGCCCGACUUACAGAUCAAGGCGGAACACCAUGAACCCUAUUCGGCCAAGUCUAGUCGGUGCCCUGGAAUUCCAGUCCGUACUGCAAUCCCUCCAGAAAUCAAGAAACAGCAGCUACAGGCCAGACAUCAGUCUAAGUAGCUACUCGGACGAGGGUGACACGUCUUCUCGGCCGUUUGAUACCCGUUCCAUUGCAUCACACCCUCGUGCAAGUAAGCCUUCUAGCAAUGACCGUCUAUUACCGCCCAGUGCAGCAGUGUCCUCUCGAGUUCGCGCCGUGUCUGCCAACGAUGCGGAAGGGUUAAGGCUGGACACCAGCGUACUAAAGCGUCCAGACCAGUCAUCACAGACACCACGUCUCACUGUGGAAUCACCCUCCGAUGAGAGAGAUGAGAGAGAUGAGAGCCAGCCCAAAACACCGCAGCUACUCCGCAUAGAUACAAAUGCGAUAUUGACAGCUUCUCCGGCAUCCUCCUCCUUUCCAUCCCCGAGUAUAAGUGCUAUAGACCCAGGAACUCCUCAAACCCCAGAUUUGCUAGCUCCUCCAGAUGUCUUCAAUUCUCCCAACUAUCAAGCUGGGGCAACUCGAAAUCACUCUCCGCUUGCACUGUCUCCGCUGGGUCAUAGCAUGAGUCCAGAAAGCCCUUUGGCACCAUUCCCCGCGUUCACCGAUAUUCCAUCUACCUCCACAACUCGGGCGCCUAGUAUUCGCAGUAUACGUCUCCCCAAUCCACUCAGUCCCUCUGACCCACUCAUCAUUCACGAAUAUUUCGACGACGAGAGCAAUGAGAAUACGUUUUUCGGAAAACUGCUGAAGCGCUGGUGGCCUUACUCCAUUCUGCCUCCUCCCCAACUGCUAGGUUGUACACUGUUCCCAACCCUGGCUGGUUGGAAAUCCAAAGGUAUCAUGGGCCGGUUUUUGGGUGUUAUUGCCGCGCCAAGUGUUUUUCUCCUCACUAUCACCAUUCCAGUCAUCGAACCUCAGGGUCCUGAAUCCGUAGAUCCCGAUCCGGUACCAUCUGUUAUCAUUGAGCAAUUUAAUGAUGAUGGCCGUCACGGCCCAAUAAUGCAGCUACAAAAUGAUACCCCUCAUAAUAACCCGCACAUUCAUGAACUCGACGAAUCCACCUCGACACAUUCCCACAAACCCACACAGCAUGAGCCCAUUCCUCGCCCACGUUGGGACUCUGAACUUCCGCCCUUACCAUCAGUCCAGGAACCCGUACCUAUGGUUCAGAUGAAAAACUGGAACCGCUGGCUCCUAAUCAUCCAACUCUUCACGGGACCUUUCUUCUUCGUCCUCAUAGCCUGGACAACAAUCGACGAAGACCUCGAUCCUAGCAACCUCCUAAUACCAUCCUUAAUAUCCCUGAUAUUCUCAUUCAUGUGUUUAAUAGCCCUCAUUCUUUCCACAAGCCGUCGACGACCCUGGCACCGACAAAUCAGCCACAAUCAGCCUCGCAACUCGCCAGAGAUCCUCCAGCCAGUCUCCCUCCCAGAUUCAUGGCGACCAGUCCUGGCCCUCCUCGGCUUCCUAGUCGCCAUCUCUUGGAUUGCAACAAUCGCCACAGAAGUAGUAUCCCUUCUAAAGACUCUCGGCGUCAUCCUCAACAUUUCAGACUCGCUUCUUGGUUUAACUAUCUUCGCAGUCGGUAACUCGCUCGGCGAUCUCGUGGCCGAUAUCACUGUUGCAAGACUUGGAUACCCCGUCAUGGCUUUAAGCGCAUGUUUCGGUGGCCCUAUGCUAAAUAUCCUGCUUGGAAUCGGUCUAGGCGGUCUAUACAUGACUAUCAACGGAGGCAAGACGCGUAGACAUGAAAUUAUCAACUCGCUCAAACAUAAACAUACGCCUGUCUAUGAAAUUGCUAUCUCCAAGGUUCUUGUUAUCAGUGGUGCUACUCUUCUGUUUGUGCUCGUCAGUCUGUUGAUCGUUGUUCCGUUGAAUAAAUGGCGCAUGGAUCGCCGGAUCGGUUGGGGUCUUAUUGCUGUUUGGUGCAUUAGUACUCUGGGAAAUGUCAUUGCGGAGGUGACAUGA